AUGCUCCGCACAUCAAUUGUCCGCGCCGCCACGGGCUCUGUGGUUCGAAACCAGGUUCGAUGUGCUUCCACUCAUGCGAUCAGUAAUCCUACUUUGGCCGAUAUCGAGAAGAGGUGGGAGGGUAUGCCACCGCAGGAACAGGCCGAGCUUUGGAUGAGCUUGAGGGAUCGCAUGAAGAUUAAUUGGGCCGAGUUGACUUUACAAGAGAAGAAGGCUGCUUACUACAUUGCCUUUGGCGCCCACGGACCAAGAGCUCAAACUCCCCCAGGAGAAGGAUGGAAGGUCUUUGGAUACACAAUGGGUGGAGUUGGUGUUUCCCUCGCCCUUUUCUUGGCAAUUAGAUCAUUCGCAAAGGGAUCUCCAUCUACCAUGAACAAGGAGUGGGAAGAGGCUACAAACGAAUACUUGAGAUCUCAAAACUCCGAACCCAUCAGUGGUCUCUCCUCCGAAGGAUACUCCGGCCCUGGUCAAGUCCAAUCUGCACCAAAGAAGAACUAAAUUCUCCCUCAUACCAACUAUACAUAAUGCCAGAAAAGAAAAGAAUACAUACCCUACUCGCAACGGUGCUAUUCGAAAAAACUACCUGCAUACAAACUCUUAUUUCUUUUGUUGGAUAGAUGUGAGCCUGGAGAUGGAUGGGACAGAAAAUGAAUGGGAUCUGCAUGAGAUGAUGAAGAGGGGAGGUUUCUUGUAAAGGAAAUCUUGGCGGAUGGAAAGCAUUGUUUUGUGCAUAGAAUUGGAGGGUGGGAAAAUAAAUCGGAAGGGUGUGGGAGAGAAGUGAGCGAGGGAGAUGAAAGAUCGAAUCUUACAAUGAACCUUUUUGUACAACAGUUCGUGAAUGAUUCCCUGUUUUUUGCGUGUGCGUGCUUAAAAGAACUGGCUUUUGUGAAUGCUUGGAUUAGGUAGAUUGAAAAGUUGACUGAUUUCAAAACGGGACUGGGUUUUGCAAAUCAUAUCCUCAAUCUGUAGUAUUACAUCACAGUAUCGUAUACACAUACGAAUGACACACAUACACAGCCGCAAGAGUCAAAUAC